AUGAAGCCGAAGAAGAAGGCAUCCAAGGGCGCUCGUACGCCGGCAGCGGCCGAAGCGACAGAGGAAGACGGCCGCCCUCCUGCAGAGGGCCUCAGGCGGAGCCGCCGGGCAGCCGCCGACCGCACUCCGCGCAGUUCGCAGCGACUGGAGCAGCGCGGUGUCAGCAAGACAUCGGGCGUUUCGCGGCGAAAGGCGGAGGACCGCAGCACGCGCAGCCGGCAACCUGGCCGGAGGGGGAGGGAAGACGAUGCACCAGAGGCUCGUGGAGCUGUCGCACGCGAGGCGCCGGGGGCGGUCGCUGCCGACCAGGACGGCGAGGCUGAGGCCGGCCGCUCGUCGCCGCGAAAUGCUGAAGGCUGUGGCGGUGACGUUCUGAGGAGGAGGGUUUCUGAUUCUGAUUCGGAUGGUGAUGCUGGCUGGGAUUACGGUCAGGCACCACUGUUCCCUUCCGAGGCGGAACCACGUGCGCAGGCGCCGAAUGCCGACCUAGCACCCUCUGACGCGACGGGCCGCGACAGCGGCGGAAAGCAAACGGGCACGAAGGACAGGAGCGGGUCCCGGAAGGAAACUGGUGUGGAUGGCGUACAUGUGCACGCCUCCCGGCCCGACGAAGACGAUCAGGGCGCUGACGGACUAUCCCUGGACCUGACCUCGGUGCAGCGCCGCAUCAAGGAGGUCCUCUACGUCCUGGAGGACUUUGCGGCGCGGAGGGAGCAAGGGCGCGCGCGUGCAGAUUAUGUCGCGCAGCUGCGAAAGGAUAUCGCAGCCUACUAUGGGUACAACGACUUCAUGGUCGACUAUCUCCUGAACUUGUUCCCCGCAAGCGAAGCCAUCGAGUUUGUGGAGGCCAAUGAGGUCCGCAGGCCGACGACGCUUCGCAGCAACACGCUCCGGACGCGACGACGCGACCUGGCUGGAGCGCUAAUCAAUCGCGGGGUCAAUCUCGAUCCCAUUGGGAAAUGGUCCAAGGUCGGCCUGGUCGUUUACGACUCCCAAGUGCCAGUGGGCGCCACUCCAGAAUACAUGGCGGGGCACUACAUGCUGCAGGGGGCAUCGUCUUUUCUCCCGUGCAUCGCGCUCGCGCCGCAGCCAGACGAGACCAUCGUCGACAUGGCAGCUGCGCCAGGAGGCAAGACGACGUACCUUGCUGCGCUCAUGCGGAACACAGGCACCCUCUUCGCAAACGACCCUAGCAAAGAUCGCCUCAAGGCCGUCAGUGCAAACGUGCAGCGCAUGGGUGCUACGAACACGGUGUGCUGCAAUUACGACGGCAGAGAGCUGUGCAGAGUGCUCGGGAAGAGCAGCGUUGACCGUGUGCUGCUGGAUGCGCCCUGCAGUGGGACGGGUGUGAUCAGCAAGGACCCUUCGGUCAAGGUGAACAAGUCGCAGCAGGACAUCUAUGACUGCUCUUACCUGCAGAAGCAACUGCUUCUGCAGGCCAUCGACAUGGUGGAUCACCGCAGCGAGACGGGGGGUUACGUCGUGUACUCGACGUGCAGUGUGUGCAUCGAAGAGAACGAGAAUGUCGUUAACUAUGCUCUCAGGAAGCGCAACGUCAAGAUUGUGCCUACGGGGCUCGAGUUCGGUCGGCCAGGCCUGCAACGCUACCGCGAGUAUCGGUUCCACCCAUCAGUGGGGCACGCUCGCCGGUUCUAUCCCCAUGCGCACAACCUGGACGGCUUCUUCGUUUGCAAACUGAAGAAGCUAUCUGCCAACAAAGUUUCGAGGCCAAACGAGGAGAAUGAAGGCGAGGACGUCCUGCAGGCUGAUGACUCUGUCGAAGUUGCGGAUGGAGCCGCUGCUGCCACGCUCGCUGCCCCGGGUGGCUGUGGACCCGGGAGGAAGUCUCUCAAGGUGGCACCCGUGAAGAGGAAGGUGGUAUCCGAGCACCGAGCGCUUGGCAAGCGGUCAAAGGUGUAA